AUGGGCACCAACGCCCAGCGGGCACAGGGCUGUCCCCAGCCUGAGUGUGAAUACGCCCCCACCAAGGGGCAGGAUGGGUUUUGGGGUGUCAACGGGGGCUCUGCAGCAGCCCGCAGCCCCGAUGGUAACACCCCUCGUGCCCUGAAGGCGCUGAAAAGAGGGACUGUAAAAGCCCAAGGGGUCCAGGCUCAUGGACUAGCUGGUGAUAACGACAUGGAUCCCCACGGCAGCCACGGGUGGGCAAGGGGAGGGGGUGCCCGAGUCCCCGCUGACGCCGCUCUCCCCUCUCUCCGCACAGGGGGGUUUGCAGAGCUGCUGCUGGUGCUGCUGGGGCUGAAGGUGCCCGGCGCCCUGGGCUGCCCCACCGACUGCGUCUGCUACCCCUCCCCGAUGACCGUCAGCUGCCAGGCUCACAACUUCGUCACCAUCCCCGAGGGCAUCCCCGAGGACAGCGAGAGGAUCUUCCUCCAGAACAACCAGAUCACUUUGCUGCUGCGGGGCCACUUCAGCCCCUCCAUGGUCACCCUCUGGAUCUACUCCAACAACAUCACCUUCAUCGACCCCAACACCUUCGACGGGUUCGUCAACCUGGAAGAGCUGGACCUGGGGGACAACCGCUACUUAAGGGCUUUAGCUGCAGACACUUUCCAAGGGCUGGUGAAACUCCAUGCCUUGUAUCUGUACAAGUGUGGGCUGAGCUCCCUCCCCAGCGGGAUAUUCGGUGGCCUCCACAACCUGCAAUACCUUUACCUGCAAGACAACCACAUCGAGUUCCUUCAGGACGAUAUUUUUGUUGACUUGGUUAACCUCAGCCAUCUUUUUCUCCAUGGAAACAAGCUCUGGAGCCUCCAUCAGAACACGUUCAGGGGACUAAUAAACCUGGAUCGGCUGCUCAUUCAUCAAAAUCAGCUGCAGUGGAUUCACAGGCGGGCUUUUCACGACCUCCGAAGAUUGACCACCCUUUUCCUGUUCAAUAACAGCCUCUCGGAGCUGCAGGGGGACUGCCUGGCCCACCUGGGAGCCCUGGAGUUUCUCAGGCUGAACGGGAACCCGUGGAGCUGCGACUGCAAAGCCCGUUCUCUCUGGGAAUGGCUGCACAGGUUCAGAGGCUCCAGCUCCAGCGUCAUCUGCGAGUCCCCCGAGGCGAUGCACGGCAAGGACCUCAAGGUGCUAAGAGCAGAAGACUUUAGGAACUGUUCGGGGUCCGAGUCGCUCCACCAGAUUAAAACACAUACUUUCUCCACGGCGGACAGAGGAGCCUCCAAAACCCACCACCCUCACCACUCCUCCAAGGAGAAAGGCAAGGCUGAGAACAGUUUGCACAGCAGCCAGCCCGCCGGCCCCCCCGGCUCCCGGCCGGGCUACCGCAAACCCGGCAAGAACUGCACCAGCCACAAAAGCCGUAACCGGACCUCCAAACCGGUGUCCUUGGGGCCGCGGAAAAACGGGCAGGAGAUUCCAGACUAUGUGCCUGAUUAUCAGCACAAAUUCAGUUUCGGGGCGAUGCCAACGCUCUCCCCCAAACGCAAGGGUAAGUGUACCCGCAGGACCCCCAUCCGCCCCCCCAGCGGGGUCCAGCAGGCAGCCGGCUGCCCGGGGCUCAGGGCAUCCCUCCUGGUUUUUAUGGUGGUGUUAGCGGCCGUCAUCCGCUGAGCGUCCCCCCCGGCUGCGGAACGGAGCGAAUCUGUACUGCCACCAAUCUACAAAGGACCAGAGUUUCUUUUCUUCUUCUUCUGUUUUUUGUACGUGGCGAGCGUUGGCCUGGCCAAGGGAGGAACGUUGUCUCCGGCUUCUGAGGGUCUCUCCGUGCCCGGCCGGGCUGCCAAGGCGGACUGUGCCGAAUGCAGCGGGAGCGGAUUAAAAGGCAUUAUCACACCUUGUCACAAACAGCCUGACCGAGCACCUACAACAACAACAACAAAAAAAGCCAACCUUACAAAACCCCAGAUAAGAGGGGAUUCGUAGCCAAUUCGUCGGUGACAACAACCGGACAAAUGGACUGUAUCUGUGCUCUUGUGACAUCCCCGUUCAUUUGAGAGCGCGCUGAACGACCCCUCCAAUUACCGAAAGGAACAUAAUUGCUGUAAAAAAAAAAAAAAAAACGAUCACCAAUUAAGCCUACACUGUUUCUCUGAAAGUGA